AAUUGUCGUAAUUCGAAUAACCAACAUGUGGAAGCCUCAUCAGGCAAAACAAUGAGUGAUGAUGACACUGACAUUCGCCAAAUUGCUCUAAGACGUCAACAGAGAAGAGUCAGGAGUAGAGCGACCGUAGAACAAAUCUUAGAGAAAGAAACAGUACAACUAACAAGGAGACGUUCGAGUACUUUCGAAAAUAAAAGUUUUGAACCCAAUAACCCGAAACCGACAUUCAUAUCGACAAUGCCAAUGCCUCUGUUCGAUGACGAUUCCAGGAUGGGUAGAAUGCACGUGCCACCUGUAAUUAAAUGUGAAUGUAAUAAUUUGGAAACAUAUGCUCUGAUUAAUACCUCAUCCACGGUGUCUACCAUAUCGAUGGAUCUGAUCGAAAGGUUAAGAUUAAUGGAUAGCGUUAUACCAGAACCUAGUACAACUAUGAAUCCAUUAUCUACACCUCAACCGGAAUUUAAGGGGAAAAUAAAAUACAUCGAAUUAUCGAUUGGUAGUUGGCAGCAAAUAGCUCAAUUUAACGUUGUGGAGUCAAGUGUUCCUGAUAUUAGUCUUGGAAUUGAUUUCCUAAGAAAAACUCAGUGCAUCGUUAAUUUCGAAGAUUCUUCAUUAACUGUGGCAGGCCAUAAAGGAGAAAGAGUGUCUUUCAUAAAUAAUAGAGAUGUCAUGUUGUUAUCACGAAAAUCAGCAAACGGUUUUAAUUUUUCAUCUUCAAAUUCUUUAUUUUAGAAAAAUAAUUCAAAAAAAUUAUAACCAUUCUUAAUAUGUGACGGUUCAUCUUUUGCAAAAUUACAAAAUAAAUCAAUAUAAAAUUAUAACAAAGCAUAAAAAAUUCGUGUGGGAUCCAAAGAUAAGUUUCAUCAAAUUUUUCUCCAGCAAGAUGGACUCCGUUGACCGAAUAUUUUUUUGACUUUGGAGCAAGAAUUUGACCUUAGUUUUUGGCCACACAAUUCACUCUUCGUUACAUUUAUUGCAAGUUUAUAUAAAAUUUGAAUUUUUGGAGCACUUCGGAUCUCAUAGUUCAUAGAAGCCUUAAAUAUAUAAUUAAACUAAGUUUUAUGUGAUGAAUUACGAUAAAUUUGCACUUAUAAAUUAUGAAAAAAGGUACAAAUUCUAAAUGUAAAUGAUUUUAUAAAAACAAAAUUCCAUCAUAAACUAAUACUCGACAAUAAAACAUAUAAAUUAAUAUCAUUAUAAUUAAAAUUUCUUAGAAAGUAAUUAAAUUUAUUAAGAGAAUCUGAAGAAUAAUAUAAUCUGACUCAAAAACUAUUCCUGAAGAUAAAUAAUUUAAAACAGUUUCGGAUAAACUGAAAUUCCCGUUUUAAAACGUAAAUUUAUGAAGUAAUUUGAAAUGUUUUUACAUUUUUAUUAAAUAUUUUCUCGAUAUUAUUAUUUAUUCGAAUGUUACGUUGAAAAAUGAAUUCUAAUGAAUAAAAUUAUGUACAACUUUCAAUGAAUCGAAUGUUGAUUUUGUGAUAUUUUGAUAAUUUGAUUCAUUUUACAACUUCGAACCAUUGCAAUAUUGAAGAAAUGGAUCUUCUCGGAAAGUAAUUAACGAACAACAUUUAUAAAUAAUCUGUAAAUUAUA